AUGUCUUUGAUGAGUGAGGUUUUAGACACUGGAGGGAUACUUUACACUGACAAUUAUUAUACCAGUGUUUCAUUGGCUACCCAAUUGUUACAAAGAAAAACGCAUCUCGUAGGAACAGUGAGGUCCAAUAGAAAAGGAAACCCAAAAGAAGUAUUGAAUAAAAAAUUGAAAAAACAUGAAGUAAUAGGUCAGGAGAGCGGUACCGGCAUUGUAAUGCUCAAAUGGAAAUAUACUCGUGAUGUGUUACUAUUGACCACAGUACACACUGAUGAAAUAAUCAAAGUUCAUCAGCGUGGAAAAGAAAUUGAAAAACCGCAAGCUAUAGUUGAUUACAAUAAAUCGAAAGCUUAUAUUGACUUGUCAGAUCAGUUAAAAACUUAAUUCACAUUGCCUUAGAAGGGGCAACAAAUGGUACCGGAAACUAGCAAUUGAAUUAAUUUUUGGUUCUACAUUGGUCAAUGCAUUUAUUUGUUAUAAAGAAGUAACACAAAAUAAAAUUCAAAUUACGGAAUUCAGG